AUGGACGGCGAGGGAGGCUCGCAAGUGGAGAGGCUGGUGGCAGCCGCAGGGCGCGGCGACUUGCAGGAGUUGCAGGCAUUCCUGGCUGCCGGCUGUGCCGUCGACGCAAGUGACUCCUGGGGCAACACGUCGUUGCAUUGCGCCGCGGGCAACGGCAGUCUCUGCUACGCCGCCGCCGCCACAUCUCGUGUCGCCUUGGGCGUUCCUUUCCACACUCACCUUGGGCGUUGCUGCUCGCAUUAUGAUGAUAAUGGUGAUGCAAUAACAAUAUGUGGAGUUGCUACUGCACCUCGGCUGGGAGUGGUAAUGUUCCUGUUGAGCGCUGGCGCCGACAUCUGCGUUCGCAAUGCGGACCGCGCCACUCCCCUGCACGCGGCCGCCUCCUGCGACGGGACGGGCCAGUGCGCACGCGCGCUCCUGGCGGCCGGCGCGCCAAUCGAAGCAGUGGACGUGGACGGCUGGACGCCCUUGCACACGGCCGCCGCGAGCACAAACGUCGGUGCGAUGCAACAGCUCCUGUACGCGGGGGCCAACCAAAACGCUCGUGAAGUGAACGGUUUCACGCCGUUCCACCUGGCCCGCAGCGCCAUAAUCAAACUAUUCUAUCCCAUGCAAGUGGCAAAUACCUGUCCCCCAGCGAGUUAACGUGGGCCCCGGCCCGACGCCUGCCCGCCGGCGCCAAGCGCAGCAUGCGCGGCCGCUGCGCUGCGCCCGGACUCCUGGCCGCUGGCGCCACGGGCAGCCUGGUCGGCAUCGCCCAUUCUUACUGCCUGCGCCCGCCCUGACGCUGCCUUAGUCGGAGGAAGAGACAGGGUGGAUAUUGGUGAAGCAGACACAUGUUGUCCGUAGUCUAUGAUAGGUAAAGUUCUGAUGCCGUGAUUCAGUUUGAGGAUGGACAAGAAAAGAAGAUUCAGGACUAUUUUGGGCAGCAGUAGACAACCGACAUACGCUGCUCGAAGGAAAUGCGUAAAAGUUUGUUAAAAAUGGAAUGGAAAUGUAUAGUAUGUUUUCCGAAAAGUAAAUGACAAUGACUUUCGGUAGUUCAGCGAUGACGUAAUUUUGAGAGAUGUCUUUUAUGGAUUGAAAAUCAAAUUUCUAAAUCUAUUAAUUUUGUAAUUGUUUAGUGAAGUAUUUUUAAGUGUAACUAUCACUCUACUUAGAUUUUGUCACAUUAAUUGAUCUUUGUUAAUGAUACCAUUGAGAUAUAUUUUACUUCUGUCGGAUUAUGCAUAAUUUUUACCUAAUCAAAGCUUAUUUUAUUGUAUUAAUAUCUAUUUACUCAGACUUCCAUGCACUUGAAUAAUUCUUCAUCACUCUACUUGUCCGUUCAUUGCCAUUAUCUCAAUUGAUAUUCAAUAUGGCUAAAGUUCCCUUGGCCAUGCCACAGACCUGUAAACUCUUUACGUACGCCUCAUUCUAUCGCACGUGAACAUAUUUUUAUAUGAAAACUUAAUAUGUAACGUAAUAUCAAACAAGAUGUGCUUUGAAGAUUCACAUGCGUUUGAUACCAGAAACAUGAAGUUAGGGAGAAUUGUCCCGGAAUCGUUGUGAUUUUUAUUAAUGUGACAUCUCCAGCAACAUAGUGGAUUUUAAAACAAAGUUAGUAUUGUAAAUUGACAUUUUAUAAAUAAACUUAUGUAAAUUUUGAAGGUUUACCAUUAUUAUUCAAACUCCAAACUUGGAUGACUUUGAAAAUGUAAUGAAAUUGUGAGCAAUAACAGAAAUGUGUAGAAUAUAGAUAUUAUAGAUUUAACAUUGUAAACUUGAAUUAUUAGUUUUUUCAAGAUUUGCUAAAAUGUGACAUUUAAAAAAAUAAAAUUUAGAAAACUAUAAUAUUCUUAGAAGAUUUCAUAUUGAUCUAAAGAAUUUACUAAAAAUUUUUAAUUGAAAGCAGAAAAUUUAUAAAAAAUAACGUA